AUGUUGACCAUUGGACCUAUUAAUAGACCUGAACUCAAGUUUGAAGAAGAAAUUUCUAAAAUGGGAAGAACCUCUUGUUUCCAGGAUGAGUAUACUUUCGAACAAAGGCUUGAAGAAUCGCGUGAUAUUAUUGCAAAAUUCCCAAAUCGAAUCCCUUUGAUUGUGGAACGGUAUUCGAAAUGCGAUCUACCUGAAUUGGAGAAGAAAAAAUAUCUUGUUCCACGAGACUUGUCUGUUGGGCAUUUCAUUCAUAUUUUGAGUUCCAGACUUAGUUUACCGGCUGGAAAAGCUCUUUUUGUAUUUGUCAAGAAUACUUUACCUCAAACUGCUAGUGUGAUGGACUCUGUUUAUAGAUCAUUCAAGGAUGAGGAUGGAUUUCUUUACAUGUAUUAUAGUACUGAGAAAACCUUUGGAUACUGCACAUAA